AUGGGGACCUCGUUUUCGUGUCGGCAUGCGAUCGAGUUCCUGAAGUGUCUGUGGCAAGUCAACAACAGCAGCGCGUCCGGCGCGCCCUUGGACUGCACCAAUCAUAAUGGACAGAUAGUGAUCAGCACAGGCUUUGACAUCGGUUGUGGAAAUGGUGCGAUCGUGAGCUUGGGUAUCAAAGUGCCCUCGGUGGCAGCAACCACGGGUGACCUCAGCCGUGUGCUGGACCAUCUCCCCAACCUCGAAGGACUCAUUUUGGAUAACUCCAACAUCUCUGGGCCUUUGUCUGAGUUUCGAAGGGUCCGGAACCCCAGCAAGCUGCGUCGCUUGCAGCUCCGGUGGUGCAACGUGGGGGGUACUUUGGAAGACCUGAGCAACUACACCUUCCAGGCGCUGAAGCUGUCCGACAACAUCAGCGGCGACAUCAAAUCCCUGGAUUGGAGCCAAUUGGAGUUCUUGGAUCUGCGAAACGCCACUGCGGUGACCGGCAACGUGUCUAACCUCAAGUCGGGCUUGGUGAAGGGUCUCUGGCUGCAGUACACCCAGGCCACUGGAGACAUCACCGAGCUGAUGCGUAACAACUCCAACCUCACCUACUUACAUGUGCAAGGCUCACAGAUCUAUGGCCACAUCGACCGCCAAUGGGCGCCGCCCCACAACGUGGGUAACGAGCUCAAGGAGCUGGUGCUCUUCAAUACGAAGGUGACAUUCGGCAUGCCAGUGCCCAAGAAGCCGAAAGCGCCUCAAGAUCCGAACCCGUUUCCCAACCUCAGCAAGCUGGACGUGUCUGGCAACCCCUUGAACAUGGACGUUUGGGACUUCCUCUAUCCCCUGGCGAACAACUACCAUCUGUCCGUGAUCGUGGCAUCAGGUUGCAACCUCACCGGUAAGGAGACCCGGCUGCGAAUCAUUGCCGCGGUGUUUUGUUUUUGCAAGUCUUUGCCCGAUGUGGAAGGAAUCUUCAGCUACAGGAACCGGCCCUUGUACUGGCAGUUAAACUACAUGGACCUCUCCAGGAACGGCAUUACCAAGCUACUCGGAGAGCCCCGCGAGUUCUUUCUCGACGUGAGCAGCAACCCUGUCACGGAAGUCGACCCCCGCUACUUCAAGACGCCGCUGGUUUUGAACCUGGCAAAUACUCCCUACAACGUCACCGAGGACCGAAGACUGAUAUGA